UGCAACGAGCAUGCGCAUUUGCAUUGUGAGUGAGAACCACAUGUCUGUUUGAUGUCAUGGCGGAGAGAGGAGACAGCUCAGAUGAGGAGCCAACCAUUGCCGAAGAUGUCGUCGUUACCAAAUACAAGAUGGCUGGAGAUAUGGCCAACCGUAUCCUAAAGACAGUGAUUGAUGGCUGCAUUGAGGGUGCUAAAGUACUCGAUCUUUGCCAGUUAGGGGAUCAGAUGAUUCUAGAAGAAGCAGGCAAAGUUUUCAAGAAAGAAAAAGAGAUGAAGAAAGGCAUUGCAUUUCCGACUUGCAUAUCAGUCAAUAACUGUGUCUGUCAUUUCUCUCCUCUCAAGUCUGAUCCUUUAGUAACACUCGUCAAUGGAAAUCUUGUUAAAGUUGAACUAGGGGUACAUGUUGAUGGUUUUAUAGCAGCUGUGGCACACACUACAGUGGUUGGAUGUUCAAAAGAUAAUAAAGUGACUGGUAGAUUAGCUGAUGUGUUAAUGGCUGGACACAUUGCAUCUGAGAUUGCCUACAGAAUGGUAGUACCAGGAGGAGAGAGUCUGGCAGUGACAGAUGCCAUCAAUAGAGUUGGUGCUGAUUUUAAAUGUUCACCAGUUGAGGGUAUCCUCUCUCACAGAUUAAAGAAGAAUUUGUACGAUAGUGAAAAGACUAUAAUUCUUAACCCCAGCGACUCUCAGAAGAGAGAAUACAAAUCGAGUGAGUUUGAGUUACACGAAGUAUACGCCAUUGAUGUUAUCAUUAGUACAGGAGAUGGAAAGUCAAGACAGCAAGACACUAGGACUACUGUGUACAAGAGAACUGAAGAUAAUUAUAAUCUUAGAAUGAAGUCCUCCAGAGCAUUUUUCAGUGAAGUUUGUAGCAAGUUUGAUGUAAUGCCAUUUUCAUUGAGAUCUUUUGAAGAGGAAGGAAAGGCAAGAAUGGGCGUAGUCGAGUGCACUAAUCAUAAUUUAUUGGAACCGUUUCAUGUACUGUAUGAAAAAGAAGGAGAAUUCGUAGCUCAAUUCAAGUUUACUGUAUUGCUGAUGCCAAAUGGACCUUUAAAAAUAACUAAUACAUUAUUUGAUUAAUCAGUGAUUGAGAGUACCAAUAAAUUAGAGGAUACAGAACUAAAGACAUUAUUAGCAACAUGAGUGUCAAAGAAAGCUAAGAAGAAGAAGAAGAAGUCUGGAAAGUCGUCAGCAGCCACAGAUGAAGCCGAGACAGGAACAAAUGAUGACUAGAAUAAGUUUAAUUGAUUUAUUUAUAGAUUAAUUAUUGUUUCUUCUACUUGUUACAAAGAUAAUUUAUUUUGUUAAUACCAAUCGUGUGCUAACAUA